AUGAUAUCAAAUACAAUUAAAAAUAAUUUUAUUAAAUAUGUUUCAAAAACAAAUAAAUUUAUUUAUAAUCUUAAUAAUACAGCAAUAAAAAAUAAAAACAAUUUCAAAUUGUUUUAUACUACAGAUAAUAAUUUUGAUAGUUUAAAUAAUAAUAAUUUUGAUAGUAAUAACAAUAAUAAUAUUUAUAACUUUAAUAAUAAUAAUAAUAAUAAUAAUAAAAAGAGUUUUUUAGAAAAAAAAAAUAGAGGAAAUGGUGAAAUAUUAACACAAAUUAUAAAUAAAAAAAAACAAGGUGAUAUAGCAGAAGCUAUUAGUAUUUUUGAAAGAAUUGAAAAUCAAUUAUUUAUUUUCGAAAAAGAAAUAUUCUAUAGAGAAAUGUUACAUAUUUAUUCAUUAGUACCAAAUAUGAAAGAGUGUGAAAGGUUGUUUAAUAAUAUUCAAAAUCGUCGAGCACAAACCUUUACAAUAAUGACAAAUGGUUAUCUAUCAGAGUCCAAUUUCGAAAAAGCAAUGGAAUACUUAAGUUUAGGAAAUAAGGAAAAAAAAAUCGAUCUUAUAUCUUAUAGUUUUUUAAUUUCAAAGUUAGCAAAGACUGGCCAAUACAAGUUUAUUGAAUCGGUUUUCAAAAUGGUUAAAGACAGUGGUUUGAAACCAGAUAGAGUUUUUUAUUCAUCAAUAAUCAAGAAUUUAAAUAAUCUUGAAAAAUCCGAAAAAACAAAAGAAAUUUUCCUCCAUUAUUAUGAACAACUCAAGAAAGAUUUAGCAUUGGAACAAUAUGACGAACUUUUAUUUUCAUCCAUAAUUCAUUUACUUUAUAAAUAUAACCUCAAAGACGAAAUCUACAAUUAUUAUCAAAUGCUUUUUAGUACCGAAGCACUUUUUCAAGAGAAUAAACAUUUGGUUUCAAAUUACUGGGUAUAUCUAAUGAUCUAUUCGUUUUUAUCAGUAAAGAGCAAUAAUAAUUUAAAAGAUCUCAAUAGUUUUUGGGAUAUGGUAUCAAGACAAUUAUUAAAUAAUAGUUUGCUUUCCAAAAGAGUUGAGUUCAAUGAUCAUACAAUGAAACCCUUUUUUUCAUAUUUGGUUUCAGUAAAUAGACUAGUCAUGCAAGAAGAGGUAUCAAUUGAUCAAAUUAAUUUACCAGAAAUUAUUGAAAGUUACAUUCAAAUGUUAUCCAAGGAGAUUAGUGAAAGUGAUACCGAAAAGCUUACUACAUAUAUAAGGAAUUCAAUUGUAGUAUCAAAUCAAAUCAUAACAUGGUAUUUAUUAAAGAACGAUAUCGUAUCAGCAUGGAGCCAUUUCCAAUUUUUAAUUCAAGCUAACAGAGCAGAUAUACAUAGUUUUUACCAUAUUUUAAAUUAUUUAUCAUCAAAGUGCGACAAUCAAAUCGUUUUCAAUAAUAUCAAAGAGAUUCUCACUUCAAGCUAUUACAUUAAUAUGGUUAAAACCGUAAGAGGUUAUCAAGAUGAAAUUUGGCUUUCAAUUUUACGUUCUUUAAUUAAAAAUAAACAAAUGGUUCAAUUAAAUAAUAUAACAAAACUACUUAGGGAUUAUACAUUUGAAAAUUUAGAUAGAUAUUCAAAUUAUCUCGAUUAUGAUUUAAAAAAAAAUUGA